UCCCUUCUCCGAGGCUUCCCCUCACUCUAACUAGCCUGACUUCUUGUCAGUCUCCAAGGCAACGUGCUUUGAAAGUGCUCAAGCUGGGUACCAGCCAGCAAAUUGGGCGACGCAAACUAUCUUCCAAUCAUCAAUAAAACGAUUAAGACAAACACCACGACGACGGUCCUGCUGGUUACUGGACAGAAAAAUGGAGAUAGUUUUAAUGUCUUUGGCCGUAAUCCUGUGUUGCACCGCCUUUUAUUUAUUCCAUCAACAAAGGAACCUUCACAGACCCCCUUGCAUAAGUGGCUGGAUUCCUUGGAUUGGAGCUGGGUUGAAGUUUGGAAAAGCCCCUCUGGAAUUUAUAGAGCAAGCAAGAAUCAAGUAUGGACCAGUAUUUACAAUUUUUGCUCUGGGUAAUCGGAUUACCUUUGUAACUGAGGAGGAGGGUUUUGAUAUAUUUUUCAAGUCAAAAGAAAUAAAUUUUGAACAUGCAGUGGAAGACCAUGUUUAUCGAACAGUAUCAGUUCCAAAGGACAUCUUUUUACAAUUCCAUGGUCUAUUAUAUGGUUUGAUGAAAAACAAAAUGAAGAUUUCCCAUCUACAUCAGUUCAGUGAAAAGCUGGUAGAAGGAUUACAUGAACAACUGGAGAGUUUGGGCACUGAUGGAAACAAGGAUCUCUACAACUUAGUAAGGUCUACCCUGUAUCCUGUCACUGUGGAUAUUAUUUUUGGCAAAGGCUUAUAUCCAACAACCCAGAAGAAAAUUCAAGAAUUUCACGAACAUUUUCAGAAUUAUGAUGAUGGUUUUCAAUAUGGGAGUCAGAUACCAGAAUGUUUCUUAAGAAACUGGUCAAAAUCCAAAAGGUGGCUUCUAAAUCUCUUUGAACAAAGCAUUCCUGAUUUAGAGAGGGAUACGACUUCAGAUGAUCUGACAAUGCUGCAAUUGAUUACCGGUGCCUUAAGGCAGGGAACAAAAGGACAUAAGGCUCCCAGUUAUGCUGUUUUAAUGCUUUGGGCUUCUCUGUCUAAUGCUAUUCCUGUUGCAUAUUGGACAAUUGUUUUUGUUCUUUAUCAUCCUUCUAUUUACAAGAAUAUUAUGGAAGACAUAUCUUCUGUGUUUGGUGAAGCAGGUAAAAAUAAAAUGGAAAUUUCAGAAAAUGACCUGAAGAAACUUCCACUAAUUAAACGGUGUGUUUUGGAAACCAUUCGCUUAGUUGCCCCUGGCAUAAUCAUAAGGAAAGUGAUAGGGCCAGUGAAGAUUUUGGAUUAUACUAUUCCUUCUGGAGACACAUUAAUGAUGUCUCCUUUUUGGUUCCAUAGAAAUCCAAAGUAUUUUCCAGAACCCGAAUUGUUCAAACCCGAACGUUGGGAAAAGGCAAAUUUAGAGAAGAAUGCUUUCUUGGACUGGUUUGUGGCAUUUGGAGGAGGAAAGUACCCAUGUCCAGGAAGGUGGUUUGCUCUACUGGAGAUUGAACUCUUUGUUGCCUUAAUACUUUAUAAGUAUCAAUUUAAUCUGCUGGAUCCAUUUCCAAAACAGAAUUUUAACCAGUUAGUGGGUGUGCAGAAGCCAUCAGGACCAUGCCGGGUGGAAUAUAAAUGCAGAAAAUAAAAGCUAUUUGAUAAAAGCUUUAUGGGCCAAUACCUAAGCAGACAGAUUCCUGAAGUGUCAUAAUUCCCGUGUUGCUGGACUUGCUGAACUAAUGUACUAUACAUCAGGGUAUCUUAGUUAACUAUGUCUAACUAGGUGAAUUUUUUUGUUUUAUCCAUAAUUGAGUCUCAUUAAUUAUUAAUCAAAUUAUUAUUAAUUAUAUUGCAUCUCAAUACCAGAUAAAGUAAAUUAUAAAUGUAAAAGUAAAUGUGGUACCAGUUCUACCAACAAAACUGAAAGUGGUAAAUUGUAAAUAUUAAUUAAUUAAAAAUAACUUUUAAAAGCAGCUUUUUCCCCUAUCUACAACAUGAUACAAUAUUGUUUUAGAUUAUUAUUUUUUUUACUUAAAUUCCCUGGGACCCUUGAGAAAAACACACAAAUUAUGUUUGCUAUGAAGAAACUUACCUCAUGUUGUAUUCUGAAUAACUGUCAAGUAAUAGAAAAGUCGCAGAAGCUGUAUGGCAUAAUAGAAAAGCCUGAUCUUGGAUUCAGUAAGACCUAGGUUUAAAACUUGCCUCUGACUCAUACUAGCUAUGUGACUAGGACCCAGUGCCUUAUCCUUUCUGUGCCACAGACAGCUUUCUUAGACUAUAAGAGUCUGCAUCAGUGAAAGGAAUUUCCAUACUGGAAAUUUCCUAUACUAUUGAAAUACUAAAUUUGGACACAUUCUGCUCCUGCCCUCAAAAUGGAUGGGAAUGCUGAUUUGGGUGGUAUUAUUCUGGAUUUAUGUAGCACUUGCACUGUUAGAUUAAUCAUAAUUAUUAAUAUAUCUACAAUUUUAAGUGCAUCUAUUACUAAAUCAUAUGAAGAUAUAUUUCAUAUGACAGGUGCCACAAUGAUUAGAGUGCUAGACUGUGGAGAGACCUGAGUUCAAAUGCUGCUUCAGACAUUUAUUAGCUCUGUGACCCUGGGCAAGUCACUUACCUCUUUGCCUCAAUUUCCUCAUCUGUAAAAUGGGGAAAAUAACAGUACCUAUUUCACAAUGUUGUUGGAAAGAUAAAAUGAGAUCCUAUCUCUAAAAUGCUAAGCACAGUGCCCAAUAGACCCUUAAUGUAUGUUUAUUCUUUUCCCUAGUAGAUUAUUUAUAAAAGUUAUUAGUCUAAUUGAAUUGAAUCAGUGAUAGAUUGCAACUUCUUUUUGUCCCUUAGAGUUCUUUUCAUAGUGCCUUACCCAUAGUGGGUGAUCAAUAAAAAAAUCAUUAUGUAUCAAUUGAUAGUUAAACUGAAAUCAGUCUUUCAGUCUUUUGCAGCAUAGAAUGUUACUUAUACCUGGAAGAUAUGAUUAUGAUAACCUAACAAGAAUAAAUUGCUUUUGAAUGUAAUUAUUUAUAUUAUAAGCGUCUUGAAUGUACUCUGUGAAUCAAUGGAAAAGAUUAUAUUUUGUAUGGGGGAAAAUGUAACAGCAAUCUCAAAGAAAAACUUGACUUGGCCAUGUUAAUGUUAAUGCCUUGGGGGCAGCUAGGUGGUACAGUGGGUAAAGCACUGGCCCUGGAUUCAGGAAGACCUGAGUUCAAAUCUGGCCUCAGACACUUGGCACUUACUAGCAAUGUGACCCUGGGCAAGUCAC